CACAUAUGCAUACAUUUUAUACUUACUAUAUGACUUCAAUAAUUCAUGCUUAAAAACUGAUAAUACAUAUACCAAUAGGUAAAUAAAAAAAGUGCCAUAAGUAUUUUAAUAAGAAUGGGUUACCUUGUGCAUCCUGCUCUCCAGUUUAUCCAGAACAAAAUAAACACACACUAAGAGAAUGAUUUACUAAGUCUCUCCUCUUCAUUUAUGUUUAGUCUUACCAUCUACUCACAAUACUAACUUUUUUUAAUAAGUCCUAACAAAACUCCUUGAAUUACACUAUAUUUCACAUUUAUUUGAAGCUGUUAAUUAACUUGAUUAAAAAUUAACCAAGCUUUCUUCUUCUUCCUGUCUUGGUAAUGCAGUAAAGGGGAAAAGGAAAAGAUAAAUCAACAGAAAAAGGAAGUGCAUCAAACAGAUUUAACUAAUAAAGAGAGAUAUGCCAGAAUAAUGGAAGUGCCAGAAAAUUCUGUUAUUGUUGAGGAAGAAGAUGCAAAGUGUGAGAGAACAGUUUUUAUGUCAAAAGAGCAAGACAGAAAAAGGAACUCUGGUGUUGGGAGAGCAGACUCUUUAGAAGAAGAUGAUAAAUAUGUUAAAAGUAGCUGCAAUGUUAAAGAUAAUCUCAAAAAUAACUCUAGCAAGUAUCAAAAUAAUUGUGAAGAAGAAAGUGACAAUGAAAUUUUAAAUGAACUUCAAUAUAAUUGUGAAAGUGAAGAAGAUUUUGAUAUACCAACAGAGGAGAAUUUUCUUAAAUCUUCGACAUCUGUGAGUGGCGAUGAUGAGACUAUGGAACAGAGCUUUGGUCGACCACGAUCUGUUCAUUUUGAAGAUGAAAAGUGGGAAGAAGGGAAGUAUAAAGUAAAGGAGCAAAUUGAAUAUAUUAAUUCAUGGGGAGAUGUUACUAAUCAGCAAGAAUCUCAUCCUUUUGCCAGAAUAGAGAGGGAUUUUGAGGUGAAUGGAGAAUUGCCAUUUUCAGGUUCUAGCAGAUUACAAAAUAUAAAAAGUGCUAAUAGAGAGAGUGUUAGGGAGAUUCUCCGACGUAAGAGAGAGGAAGCUAGCGAAUAUUAUGAUCAGGAUAACAGAAGACGGCUAUCAAAUGAAAGAAAAAGUGAAGCAAGUAUUCCACAUUUACCACAUGAAAGAAAACAGUCAAGAUCAAGAGAAAGACAACAGAAAGAUUUAAAUAUUAAUAAUAGAGGAAGUGAUGGAAGAACUAGAAAUACUUCUAAUAUAAUUAAUGGUGUAGACUCUGAUAAAAAAGAACACAUGUCACGCUCAAGGAGUCCAAAGAGUGAAAAUAGAUAUACUAAAGGUGUGACACUUAUGCCAGUGAAUGGAAUUGAAAAUGGUGAUGGGAUUGUUAUCUCAAGAAAAGACUAUGUCAUGUUUAAAUCACUAAUAAGCUCUCGGAAUACAGCAAGUGAGAAAGCUACCAAAGAACACAGGAAGGCUACUGGCAAAAUGAAGAAGCUAUUGCCUUCAAAGUCAGGAAGCCAGAAAAGAAUUGGAGAAUCUCCUUAUGAUCCCUUCUCGGCAGCAGAGCUACAGAUGCAGGCACUGAUGGGAUCCUCCACUUCAUCUACAAAGAAGGGGUCUAGCCUUGGGGCAGCAGCAUUGGGAACGGGGGUAUCUUUGGCAGACUCGGCAAGAAUGAAUGCAACUGGUAGAGAAUCGCCUGAUUUUGAGUUUAGCAUUGGGUUUGCUGAUUUGGAUAAAAGUGAAUGUAAUUCAAGAGAGGGGUCCCCAGAAAUUGAAUUAAGAGAGAAUAGGAUAAAUAAAGGAUGUUCUGGUCUUGGUAGUAGCUUGACUAAUUUAGAUCUGGAGUUAGCAAAGAUUGGUUCCCCAUCACUUAGAAGAUCCUCAGAGGGUAAAAGGUCAUGGCAGUCAUCAGUAAAUAAGUCAUUGUCUGUUGGGUCUGCAUCUCCAGUAUUGAGAAAACCAUCAUGGUCCACAAGGGAUACCACAUCGCAAGAAGUCAGUAAAUGGUCCUCUCCAACACGAGAUUCCCUUUCUCGGGAAGGUCUUUCUCCAGAUUAUAAUAAGUGGUCUUCAACUCGUGAUAAUAAUUCUAGGGAUAACACAUCCCCAGAUAAUCAUUGGCCAUUGGCUAACCAUGAUGCUCAGAGCGCUUCUACCCCUCUCCAAGAUACUCACAAUGCCUCUCCCAGUGCUCAAGACACUCGAAGUUGGUCUUCCCUUCUUUGUGAUUCUCAUAACCUCUAUUCACCCACUAAAAACAACCAUACCUGGUCUUCUUCAACUUUAGGUAUUUGUAACUCUCUAUCUCCUGCUCGUGAUACUCGGGACUGGCCAUCCCCAUCACGUGAAACUUGUAGUGAAUCUUCCCCCUCUCGUGCUACUGGUAGCUGCAGGUCCUCCCCUAUUCGUGAUACUCCUAGUAUAUCAUCUCCCACUCAUGAAAAUAUUAGCCGGUCAUCGCCAGUGCGAGACACCCCUACUGCUGCUACCCCUUCAUCCCCUACAACCAAGACCACCACAGCCAGGUGGGAUAUCUCUAACAGCACUGCAAUAUCUGGUUGGGGUGCUGAUUCGUCUUCUGGUCAUGUUUCUCAAGGGUCAAGUUACAGUCGAUAUGCAGGAAACACCAGUGUCAGUGCACAAUCUAAUCCUUCAAGUAUAGAGUCAAAUGGAUUUCCAGAAAAGGCCCUAUACAGAACCAGUAAUAACACUGGGUUUGAGACCUUCAGGGCCAGCCAUUCUUCACUCGAUACAGAUGAAACUCUUAGGAAAAAAGGUUUAGAUAGGUAAGAUGCCAAUUAUUUUAUUUUAUUUAUUUAUUUAUUUGGACAUGAUACAUAGUUGUACAAAGAAAUGUAGUGAUUGGGUGUACAUGCCAAAGGCCCCUUGUAUGCAGAGCAUUAUGGACAGGCUUAAAAUUAACUUAAGAUUAACUAAGCAAUGAUAUAUUCAGUGGUAAAAAUUACAGUAAACAAAUUACAACAUGAAGUACAAAUGAGUAUUUCAAAUAAGAAGCAUUAAAGUUAUACAAAUUUGUAGCAUAGCAGUGUAUAACAUAAUCAAAUCAGAUCGAGUAAAAUCAAUGAUUUGUAGUGCAUUAUUAUUAUAAUCAAAGGGGAAGCACUAAACCCGGAGGAUUAUACAGCGCCUGGGGGGGGGGGGGAUGUGGAAGGCAGUCAGGCUUAAUUUGGGGAACUGGAGCACAGAUCCAAUUCCCUAAAUCAAAUUUGUAGUGCAGAAACAGGUCAUAUGGUCAUUAGAUGAGUUACUGUACAUUCAAGAGAAUGGAGUAUUCUAUUAGGUAAUGUAAUUAAAAAACAUAGUUAUUCAGUAUUUAUUUAGUUGUGGGUGAGUAAUUGGUUUUUAAGAAGAGUCUUGAAUUGAUAAACAGACAGUAUUUUAUAUUCACAGGUAAUGAAUUCCAGAUUUUUGGGUCUUUUAUGUAAAUUGAGUUUUUACAUAGUGUGAGAUGGACACAGGGAACAUCAAAGAGUGAUCUGUGCCUUGUGUUAUGGUCAUGUGUUCUGUUGAGGUUGGUAAGGAGAAGUUUGAGGGGAGGGUUUAUAUCCGAGUUUAGUGUUCUAUGUAUGUAGUAGGCACAAUAAUAAGUAUGGAAGUUUUGUAUGGUGAGUAACUUUAGAGUUUUGAAUAUUGGUGGAGUAUGCUGCCUGGAGUGGGAAUUUGUUAUUCUGACUGCAGCCUUUUGUUGGGUAAUUAAUGGUCUGAGAUGAUUUGUUGUUGUUGAGCCCCAUGCACAAAUUCCAUAGGUGAGAUAGGGGUAAAUGAGUGAGUGAUAUAGGGCCAGGAGGGGCUGACUGUGGAACAUAGUACAGGUCCUCCAUCACAAAUCCGGCAUCAUUGGGACCUUCAGUGUGCCAGAUUACUGAGUUCGCCAGAUUACAGAGUAGUUAGGUUAGAAUACACUUAAUAAAAUUAACCAACUUGACUGACGCAAAAAUCGAACAUUUCCGGUACUUUGAGCUCAAUUUCAAGGUACUUUUAGUCAUGAAAGCAAUCAAAAUCAUGUCUAUUUCUGUAAUGUAUCUUCCAUUCUAUCAAACAAGUCCAAAAAAAUGAGAAUACAACCUUAAAAACCAUACAAAAAUAUACUGCAAAGAGGCAGCUAAUGGCUGAGAAGUGAACUCCCUUAUUUAUCAUCCGUCUUUUUUAUUUUUGUACAUUAAGAAGCAUCUUUCCAUGCUACUUGCCCAGGUUUCAAUGAGAUAACCCAACAAACAACCGAGAAACAAAAAAAAUAUUUACCAAAAAUCAUAUAUGGCAAGCCCAAGCCAGGCACUGAAAAUGUCACUUUGCCUGACUUUUCUGGGUUAUCCUAUGUUCUCUAUACAUACACUGCUAUGUAUGAUAAUCUAUGUAACUGUAUUUGUGUAUACCUGAAUAAACUUAUUUACUUCUAGUCUGUCAACUGAGUACAAGAAACCGCCCAUUCACUUAUUUCAACUACCCAAUAAAGUGGUCAGAAAUUGGCAGUUUGGCCGAUUUCACACAAAUUUCAACAGAUGCUAAUUUCAAAAUAGGGUCCAGAAUAAACAUUCCUGGCACUAAAAUAACAUUUUCUCUGUUCAUUAGUCACGGCUACAGGCCCCUCUUACAUUACUCUUGCUUACGAUUUGGAAUUUUUAUUCACAAAAAAAUAGAAGAUUUACUGUUAUGCAGACUGCUGCAUUAUUGUAAUAAUUGUAUAAAUAAUGUCAACCCAUUCUUGACUCCGUAUUGGAAUUUGGACUGGCAGGCGGACAGGUAUUGGACGGUGACGUCAUUUGUUUACUCUUGAGCUUUGCUAAAGAAUAGAACAUUUUCGCUACUGUGAGCGCAAUUUCAAGGUACUUUUCAUCAUGAAAGGAAUCAAAAUCAUAUCUAUUUCUGUAAUAUAUCUUUCAUUCUAUCAAAUGAGACCAAAAAAAUGAGAAUAUAACCAUAAAAAACUACAAAAAUAUACCGCUAAGGGGCCGCUAAUGGCUGAGGAGUGAACUCCGCUAUUUAUGGUCUGAUUUCUUUCAUUUUUGGUGUACGUUAAGAAGUAUCUUUCCAUCAUACAUUGCCCAAGUUUGAAUAAGAAAACCCAACAAACAACUGAGAAAAUAAUAUAAUAAUAAUAAUAAUAAUAAUAAUAAUAAUAAUAAUAAUAAUAUCUUUAUUUACUACAUGUACAUGUACAAGGUAUACAGGCCUAGCUGACAUCAGUGACAUACUACUAUAUAGAGAGCCACUUGUUAUGCAGAGUAUUUCAAGAAAAUUAGGUCAGUGUACCAGGAUAACACCCACACUAGUCGACUAACACCCAGGUACUCAUUUACUGAUGGGUAAACAUAGACAACAGGUGUAAAGAAACACACCUAAUGUUUCUACCCUGGCUGGGAAUCGAAUAUUUAUCAAAAAUCAUAUAUGGCUAACCCAAGCCAGGUACUAAAAAUAAGCCACAUUGACUUUUUUGGGGUUAUCCUAGGUUCUCUACACAUAUGCUGCUAUGUGUGAUAAUCUAUAUAGAGGAAAUAACUUUUUUGUUUCAGGUUUAUGGUGCAGUAUGAGUGUAUAUCACAGUUAGCCCUGUGCUAUUCUCUGUUUUCUCUAAUAUAAGCCCCAAGACAGGGAUAGGAGAAUGGUAUUUGUCUACCAUAUCCUCUUCAUACCUCCAUCGAACUGCUCGGUGUUAUGCCAAAUAUUAUUCAUUCUGGAGUAUUUAACAUGUUUUAUGUUAUUUAUAUUGUUUAUUAUGUCAUAUUAGAUCAAUUGUGAUAGGCAAAUAAGCUGUAGUGUUGAUAUUAGCAUAAUAAUAAAGCAUAUUCUCCUGCUUCAUGAGACUGAGCUCAUGGCAACAGACAGUGGCUUCAAAGCCACCUUAUCUUUAAUGGAUAAUGUACUGUGUCGGUGCUUUACAUAAUGAGAAGCAUUUCUUUUAUUCAUUAGAACCAUGGCUAGGGGUAAAAGUAAGCAGGUUAAAACAAUAAAUGGAGAAAAAGAAAUUAGAAUGACUUAUGCAGCAAGUGCGCCACCAAACAGUACCAGCAAGUUGGUGUGGCGACCCUGGAAAUUUAAAAUUAUGCUAGCCAAAAUUAGUGCCGAAUAACUGAAGGAACCGAAUAACUGAUUGCCGGAUUUGUGAUGGUGGACCUGUACUCUGAUAAUUAUACUUACACACUGUGCUGGCAUGCAGGUACACAUUAAAAUCACUAAGUCUCUCUCUACUCGAUGCCAUAUAAUUCUUGGGUGCAUUAACCCUUUCAGGGUCCAAGGCCAAAAUCUGAAGGGGUGCCCCAGUGUCCAAGAAAUUUUGAAAAAAAAAAAAAAAAAAAAAAAAAAAAAAUUGUUUUUUUCUUACAGAAUUAAAGAUAAUAUUUCUGUGAAGGUUAUAAAACAAAAACAAAAAUUUCUGAUCAGUACUUACCGAGAUACAGCGGCGGGAAGUUGACCCAAAAUGACCGGGUGGCGGCAACAUCAAUGACUUCAGCAAAAUAGCAUAUUUUUGUUUUACGUUUUUUAUACCUUUUUCUUUUCUUUUCUAAUUUUUUUUAUUUUUCUAGUAACAUUUGUGGCCUGUGAGACCAAUAUAAUGUAUAUUGUAUAAGUGUACACUCAUUGUAUUCAACACAAUACCUGCACUAAUUUGUUUAUCAUUAUAUUGCUUACAAAACUUGUUUACAAGUUUAUUGUAAACAAAAUGAUGAAAAUAUUAGUGCAGUUAUUGUGUUGAAUACAACGGUACCAUAUAGUACCAUAUGGUACAAUGGUGCCAUAGGGUGCAAUGGUACCAUAUAGUACAUUUGUACCAUAUGGUAUAAUGGUACCAUAUGGUACAAUGGCACAUGAUACAAUGGUGCCAUAUGAUAUAAUGGUACCAUAUGGUACAAUGGCACCAUUUGGUACAAUGGUACCAUAUGAUACAAUGGUACCAUAUGAUACAAUGGUACCAUAUGGUGCAAUUCAAGUUUAUUCUCUACAAUAGUUACAAUGUGGGGUUUACAGGUUUUGGGUAUUUUGUGGUUUACAUGUUAUAAAAUACUAAUUACAGAGGGGGCCACUAGGACACCUAGCAUGGCUAGGCAUUUCAAGCAGACUUAGAUUAAUUCUUAACAUUAAAUCCUUACAGAUUAUGGUAUUUAGGCUAAGUGACUACAUCAUAAUUUGUGAGUUUAGCAAUGUGAAUGCUUUUGUUUUGGCACAAUACAAGGUGUCUAUAUUUGAGUAUCAUAGGCAAACUUAUGACUAGUUAGGAUUUAUUAUUUUAAGAUUAAGAUUAGUAUUUCUGGGUUUAUAGUCAGUGAGUGAGUGAGUGUAAUUUUGAACCACCAGGUGGUUAUCAUGUAGUUAGUUGUCAGGGUGGAUCAGGGAGAUAAGAUGUUUUCUAACUGUAGUUUUGAAAGUGAUGAAUGUAUCUGCAGUUCUAGAGUUUUCAGGUAGGGUGUUCCAGAUUUUAGGUCCUUUGAAAUACAUUAAAUUUUUGUAAAGGUUUAGUCGAACACGGGGAAUGUCAUAGAGAUGUUUGUGUCUGGUGUUAUGCCUGUGGAUCCUGUCACAACUAUCAAGAAAGCGUUUUAGGUCAAGGUUAAUAUUGGAAUUUAAGGUCCUGUAGAUACAGAUUGCACAGUAGUAAGUGUGGAUGUUCUGAACAGGGAGUAAGUUUAGAUCUAUGAAGAGGGGGGGUGUGUUGCCAGGGAUGGGAUUUAGUGAUUAUUCUUACUGCGGCUUUUUGUUGGGUUAUUAUUGGCUUUAGGUGUGUUGCUGCAGUGGUACAUUGUACCAUACAGUACAAUGAUACCAUAUGGUUCAUUGUACCAUAUAGUACUAUAUGGUACUGUUGUAUUCAACACAAUAAACACACUUAUAUUUUCAUCAUUAUUGUAUUUUGUUUACAGUAAUUGUUUACAACAAAAAUAUGCAAAAAUGUUGUAUAUUAGUAAUGUUCCAUUAUAUAUUUACAAAUGUACAGGAACUCAACAUGUUCCUUGAGGUGGAUGACAAAGCGCGUUGUCUUGGAAACUGCGGAGUCAGUAGCUAGCUUGCGUCGCCACUCACUCAGUCUUGGCUGGUGUCUUGUGCCACCAACACCUAUUUAGACCAUAUGGUACACGGUAUCAUAUGUUACAGGGUACCAUAUGGUACAUUGUACUACAGGUCUCCCUCAACAUUUGCGAGUGUUAGGGGAUCAAGAGCCUCGCGAAUGUUGAAAAAUCGCGAAUGUUUGGUGCCCCAAUAUAUUGUAGGGAAAUAUAAUACAAUACUGCUUGUUGAACCACGAACAAUCAUAAAAUACAUGAAAAUGUCAUACAAUAUUGUACUAAAUACAUACAUGUUAUGGUUUAAUAACAUGUAUGUUAUUAACCCUUUGACUGUUUCAGGCCCCUCUCUGAAACUGUCAUUCUAUGUCGCUCAAUUUUUUAAAAAAAAAAAAAUUAUUUUUUCUUAUGAAAUGAUAGAGAAUCUUUUCCCGAUGGUAAUGACACCAAAAGUUCGAAAUUUGGUCGAAAACUCGUGGAAUUAUGCUCCCGCGAAGUUAGCGGUCUCUGCGACAUAUGCGUAUCGGCGAUUUCGCCGACUUUGAGCCCUAUUUUCAGCCAAUUCCAUUGUUCCAGUUGACCAAACUCAUAGCUAUUUCUUUAGAACUCCAUUUUAUCUAUCAGCUGAGUACAAGAAACCUCCCAUUUACUAAUUUGGACUACCCAAUAUGGUGGUCAGAAAUUGGCAAUUUGGCCAAUUUCACGCAAAAAUAAAAAGAUGCCAAUUUCAAAAUAGGGUCCAGAAUAAACAAGGUAGACAUUCGUGGCACUAAAAUAACAUAUGCUCUGUUCAUUAGUCACAUCUCUAGGCCCCUCUUAUAUUAUUAUUGAUUUCUAUUUUGAUUUUUUAUUCAUACAAAAAAAUACAAAAUUUACUGUUAUGCAGACGACUGCAUUAUUGUAAAAAUGGUAUAAAUAAUAUCAGUGCACUAGUGAAAGAAUAUUAGACUCCCCAGUUGACGUGUAUUGGACGUGUGGUGUGAUUUAUUUACUCUUGAACAUUGGUAAAAAUCGAACAUUUCCGCUACUUUGAGCUCAGUUUUAAGGUCGUUUUCAUCGUAAAAGUAAUGAAAAUCAUCUCUAUUUCUGUAAUAUGUUUUCCAUUUUAUCACCUAAGACCAUGAAAACGCGAAUACAACGAUAAAUACUAUACGAAAAUACACCUCAAAGUCGGCGUUUUAUUCCAAAAAAACGAUCAGUUUUUUUUUUCUCAUUACGCAAUGUUUGCUGCAGGAUUUUUUUUAUAUGGUGCACACUGACCACACAGACCCAUUCUCUCACAUGUGGGCCUACCAGCUUUCUCCCACUUGAUUUGAAGCCGCUAGAAUUAUUGAAUAUAUAUACGUCAGAAACAUUGGCUCGUAAGACGUAUUUAUACGUCGAAAACAGUCAAAGGGUUAAAUACCACUGCGGCACACUGCUCUUAUUUUGGUACAAUUUCUUUCUUCAAUUCUAUUGUGUUUCUCAAUUUCUUUACCAAAGGGCUGGCACUAGCAAGUUUCCUUGGGCCCAUGGUUAAUUAUGUGGCAGUUGCACUCAAUCUACAAGCACCAAACACAGUGAAUUAUUGUGAAAUGUUUGGAAGAGCGUGGAGACUAAUGCUCACUCCAGCAUAAACAAAGGCACACUGACGAUGCCUCAACCACUUCCUCCACCACU